GACUAACGAAUCAUAACGUAGGCAUUAUCUCCUAAAAAGUUAAAACAUUUAUUCGUGACUUCAAUUUCUGGAUUGAUUUUGUUUAAAAAACGAAAAAUAUUUAAAUUUAGAUUGAGAUGAAUGUUUAAGAAGCUGAUUUUAAAUAAUUAGCUAUAUACACGCAAUUUAUGAAGAUUUUAUACAAGUUGUGCUUUUAAAAUACACAUAAAUACCUAUAUACAAUAAAAAAAGUAAUAGUGAAGUGUCAAGUAAAAAAAAAAACAAAACAAUAAAACCUUCUUAUUUUGAAUAUAUUCAGAUAAGUCGUACAAAUUAUCCUAAAUUAAAUCUAAUGACAAUGUACAUGAAUAAAGUGAUAAUCAUAAAUUUAUUGUGCUUAGAGACUUAAUCAGAUAUUUUGUAAUAUUCAUACCAACUACAAAGAUGGCAUUCAAUAUGAGUGAAGGAACAGCAAGUAAUACCAACAUAAAUAUGGAUAAUCUGGAUGAUUCCGAGACCAAUGCGAAAAUUUCAGAUUCAGCAUAUUCCAAUAGUUGUAGCAACAGUCAAGCAAGAAGCCGAAGUUCACACUCUACGCAUUCUGGGAGCCAUUCAAGCGGGAGUAGUGGAUAUGGCGGUAAGCCAUCCACAUCUGGAUACAGCAGCAACAAUGUCAGCCAGCCGCCAGUGGAGAUCCGCUGUAAAGUUAAGAAAAAGAAGAAGCAACCGGAAGAAACCCUCGAGGUGCAGGAGGAGGAGCCAAGCCCUCCCGAGCCCGAGCCUGAGGUGAAGCCGGUGGAGGAAGAAUGUGUUGAUGCCGCCAGCUCGCCCGCGCAGCCGGCUGAGGCGACCUGCGUCGAGAGUAUGGACAUAUCCACUCCGGAUAGAAGCAGCGUUAAGGAUAAGGCAAGCACGUGUAACUUCCCCGUCAAUACGCCCAACAGAACUUUACCGAAUAUUGCCGACGGAUUCUCUUGUGUGAUCUCGAUGCAAGAUGGAAUAGUGAUGUACACGACAUCGUCUCUCACUAACACCCUGGGCUUUCCGAAGGAUAUGUGGAUUGGGAGAUCGUUUAUCGACUUCGUUCAUGCGAGGGACCGGAACACGUUCGCAUCGCUAAUAACGAACGGUCUAGCGGCCCCAAAGCCAGUUAAUGGUACGCAAAAGAAAGGUAACACAGUGACAACAAUGGUGUGUCGUAUACGAAGAUACAGAGGUUUGACGUCAGGCUUCGGGAUAAAGGAUCGCGUGGUUACGUUCAUGCCGUUCCUGUUGAAAUUGUCCUUUAGAAAUAUUUGCGAUGAGGAGGGUGAGGUUAUAUACCUACUCGUGCAAGCCACGCCGUUCUUUUCAGCGUUUAAAUCACCCAACGAAUUAGUAUUGAAAGCUGUACCAUUCGUAAUAAGGCACGCAGCCAACGGUGACAUUAAGUAUAUCGACCCAGAGUCUGUGCCCUAUCUAGGCUAUUCGCCACAGGAUAUCAUGAAUAAAGAUGCCCUACAUCUAUACCAUCCUCAUGACUUGGCGUAUUUGCGACAAGUCUAUGAAACUAUUGUGAAAGAGGGUGGAGUACCACGGUCUAAACCCUAUAGGAUGAUGGCGCAAAAUGGCGACUAUGUUAAAUUAGAGACGGAGUGGACUUCAUUCAUAAAUCCAUGGUCGAGGAAACUCGAAUUCGUUAUUGGAAAGCAUUUGUUAAUUGAAGGACCUUCAAAUCCAGAUGUGUUCCAAUCGGCAGAUAUGGAUAAAACCAUUAAAUUCUCUGAAGAAGAAAAGAACAAAGCUCAAUCACUCAGGGAGAGUAUUGUCAGGAUUAUGAAUGAACUAUUGACGAAACCGGCUGAGGCAGCCAAGCAACAAAUGACAAAGCGUUGUCAAGACCUAGCUUCCUUUAUGGAGAGUCUGAUGGAAGAAGCUCCCAAGACUGAUGAUGAGAUGUGGCUGGAUAUUAAGGAACCCGAUAAUGGAUAUUAUGAGAGAGAUUCAGUAAUGCUCGGCGGUAUAUCCCCACACCACGACUGCAAUGACAGUAAGUCGAGCACCGAGACAAGAAUAAGCUACAAUCAACUUAAUUAUAACGAAACAUUGCAACGGUAUUUCGACAGUCAUUUACCAUAUUCUGAAGAGAGCAACUCUGAUUCUCCUUCUGAUAGGCCAGUUGAGAUUAAGAACACAAACACUAAUUCUUCCGGGCAAUGUAUGUCGCCGUUGGCCCAAAACUCCGGCGAUUCUGGUGAAAUGACAAGUUCGUGUGAUUCUAGUGCUCUCGCCUUGUCCAGUUCUAGUCCAAUUGGCAGUAUGGGUGAUUACUAUCAGUCCGUAAGGCUGACUGAGUCUGCGCUGAGCAAACACAAUGCGGUGAUGGAGAAGGAACUAAUGAAACUGCACCGUGAAAUAAAGACUGCCAAUAAAGACGACAGGAAAAAGGCAUCAAAAGAAUCGAGGCAAAAGAAGAAGGAACAUCUUGCCCGGUGCAACGCAUCAUUCUUGCCCACUUCGGCUGGAGUAUCGACUGUUGAGUCUCAACCUCACGGUUUAAAGCGGUCGUCGAGGCAUUCUGACGAUUCUGGAACUGGUUAUAAACACCGUUACUCUACAGCGAAGUUGCCCAGACGCAAGAAGAGCACAAGCGCUGCGCCUGCGCAUCCCUCAACAACUCUUAAUAAUACUCUUGGUAAAGAAUAUGUAUCUACCCCCAUGCCCACUAAUUCAAUGAACAACAUGAAUGCUUUCUUCCUCGGUGUCAGUAUUCCCCAACAGAUGUCUCUGAUGAGCCCAGUGGCUGUGAUGCCUGGUAUGUUCCCAAUCUGCUAUGUGCCAGCUACAUCUCAGCACACGACUCAUCAACCGGGAAUGGCAAACCAAGAACCGACCACUAGCAAUCACCCAUUCACCAUGCCCUGCGUUAUGUACGGGCAGCCGGUGUACGGAUCGCCGUUCAUGUACUCGCCGAUAAACGCGCAAAUGCAAUAUCCGAUGCAGCAAGGUUUCAUGGCGCAAGGUAUGAACACGCCGAUGAACCCACUGGGAUUGUCCAGCGGGAACUAUCAGGAGGCUUGUAAACUCACUUUCCCAACGAAGAGCAAGUUGAUCCCUUCAGCCGCCUGGCGAGAGAAACGGGCGGAACAACUAGCGGCCGCGGCUAAAAAAGAUAAAAGAAGCGGCACAAGUAACUCGUCGGCCGCCGUUUCUAAUCUGAGUGCAAAUGCAGCUACAGAGAAUCAAAGCAAAGGCAAAGACCGUCUCGGCAACAGCGACGGUACGAUCGACAAGACUGACGAGGAAUCAAGCUAUUCCUCCUUCUAUUCUAACUUCUUUAAAAGCGAAUCUGGCAGCGCGGAAGAGAGUGAUGUUAAGAAGCGGUCGAUAGAUGCCAUUCCACCUUAUGAAAGUCAUCAAGUGAAAAAGGUAGCCAGAAGGAAAAUGGAGCCGCCGUGGAUGGAACACGUGUGUGUAACAUCAGAGCUGAUAUACAAAUACCAAGUUAUGCCUAAGACCUUGGAAGAAGUUUUAUCUUGCGAUAAAAAGAGACUAGAAUCUUUAGAACAACCCACGCUAGUGAACGAGCAGCUGGGCCAGCUGUACUUGGACCUGCAGCUGGAGGGCGUGGCUGCGCGGCUUACGCUCGAGGAGGGGCACACCAGCUCCAGCAGUUCUGGCGAGGAGAACUUCGGCAAGAGCUCUAGGAUCCAGGUUCGCCAGAGAAAACGUGAAUAUAGUAAACUAGUUAUGAUUUACGAGGAAGAUGCACCUCUCCCGCCGCCAGAGGACGCCGCCAGCUCUUCCACUUCAUAAUGACGCCAUUUUGUGUAGACACUUACACGCAAUGCCUUGCGUGAAAUGAACUUUAAAUGGAGGUGAAAGACAAUUUGGUGAGGAAAUAAUCAUUUGCGUGUCUAUUUUUAAGCCAAAUGUUAUAUUAAGCUUAAUAUUAUAGCUACUAAGUUUUUUUAUUACCACUUCCAAUUUCAUAAUAUAUUUUAUGUGAAUUUUAAUUACAUGUGUUUGAAAUGUAUGUAUUUAUAUUGAUUAAAUAUAAAAAGAGUAUAUUUAUGAAAAGGGAUGGGAUUGUCAGAAAUAAUAAUAGCAUUGACCUAAUUUGAUUGAGUUAGAAUUUCUAAUUCUAAUUUAAUGAAAUCUCACCCUUUAGACUCAUUUAGAGUGUGUUGUGGAAGUGUUACUGAAGAAUCUUCAGGAAAAAAGGACUUUGAUGUCUGUGAUACAGAAUAUAGUAAAAUACGUUAAUAAAUGCAAUGUUUUUUAUAUAGUCAUUAAAUAAAGACCCCGUUGUCAAAUAAAAUUAUUUGUUGCGCAAAGUUUUUAAAACUGUAAUAAGAAAGAUUUAUAUUACACAUGUAUUGUCUGUUGUUUAAACGAUGUACGUUAUUUUAAUUUGAAAUUUUAUUUCACAUAAAUGUUUUUUUCUUAUGUAAAAUCACAUACAAUGUUAUUGUAUAUUUUUUGUUAUCACUUUGUAAACUUCGUAAAUUUUUUUAUAUUCAAUCGUCGUACAAAAUCGUCAAUUUUUGUUUUAAACACAAAGUUUAUAUAUGCAAUUAUGCAUCUUAAAAGUGAACAAGAAUCAUAUAGGAAUAUAUCUUAUUUAUAUUUUAAUAUAGUUUACAUAAAGAGGUGGUGCAUUACGAACUGCAUAUUGUAUUCAUGAGUUUUAUAUUCGGGAAUGCAUUAUUGCAUUUGGUAAAUAACUAUAAAUGAUAAAUAUUAAUUCAACGCAUUUCUAUUGUCCCAAGUUCGUAUAUUAUAUUAUCAAUUUUAUACACAUAAUAACUUUUUCAUAUACUUUUUACUGUUAAUAAUUUCUUUAUAUAUUUAAUUUCUUAAUAAAGAUUUAUUUCUAAAUUGCAUUAUAUGUAUGUGGGGUCAAAGAUCUGCAAUGGUACGACAAAACAAAUUAGACUUAUAAGAAAAUAUGCCAAGUCGUGAACCUUAAGCGUCUCGCAACUAAGUCAUAAUAAAUAACCUAUUUAUAUAACAUUAAUAUAUAUUCUAUGUUACAAUUUAUGUGUUAACACAUAAAUAUAAUGAUGGAUCAAUAGUUACCUAAUAUUGGAUUAUUGUUAUAUUUUUUAAUAUACAUUAUAUAAAACAGUUAUAAUAUUAAUAUUUAAAUAAGAACAUAUAAAUAUUUUUUUUAUAUAUUUUAUAUGUUACACAAUAAAGCAAUAAUGCAACGACAAUUUGUAUAACCGCUACAUGUGCAAAUAGUUUAUCGUAAAGAUGUUAUGCUCCACAUUCAGGAUUGUUUUUUAUAUUACGCCUUUGUAUAGGUCAAUAUUGCAAUAUUCCUAGAACAAGGAAGAACGCAUUUUGUUUAAUGCCCUUUAACAGUGUUGUUUAAAGUUGUUAUUUAUCAUAAAAUGUAAUUUUUGAUACAAUAACAAAUUUCCGAUUUUAUAAAUCACAUAUAUCUAAUAUACAAGCGGCAUAAAUGGAGUAUGAGAAUUUUUUAGAGUUAAAGUGAAGUCGUGAAGUCGACUGAUCCUAGUUUGUAUUUGUCAAUUACGUGAUACGAUUUUAUUAUUAAAUAGUAAUACCUUUAAA